AUGCCUGUUCCCAGCACUGAACGCCAAAUCACUGCGAUUAGCCGUGCCGUGCCCCCCAGCCGACUUCACCCUGGGCUAGUGGCCCAGAUUGCGGAGAACGCGUCCUCUGCCUCUAAACGCCUUGGCAUCCACGGCGGUGUCCCCUGCUCUCCCUGGAGCAGGGCGUCCCGGGCUCUGGCCGCAGGCUAUCUCCUACCUGCCAUCGCCUGGCCUGAGAGUCCCGGAACAAAGAGAUGGGGAAUUCUCCAGCCUGCUGAGCUGGAGCACCUGCAAGCGCAGCUGGAGCGGCUGCACCGGGGCUGGUCCAGGCACGAGUGGACUGCUGUCCCGGGCGGUGGGCUGGAUUCAGGAGAAUGCAGGCAGGGCAGGAGCCAGAGAGAGCAGGAUGAGGGCGACCAUGGCUCCGCACAGUGA